UCUUCAGGUGUGUUUGGUGAUACGGUUACAGAGGAGUCAGUGUCAGUGCUGGAGGGAGAUUCAGUCACUCUAUACACUGGUCUGACUGCUAUAACAGAGGUAGAUCUGAUUCAGUGGAGGUUUGGAUCUGAAAACACUUUACUAGCUGAAAUCAGUGUACUGGCCGGCACCAUCACUGUAUAUGAUGAAGUUCUUGAUGAGAGAUUCAGAGACAGACUGAAGCUGGAUCAUCAAACUGGAUCUCUGAUCAUCACAGACACCAGAACUGAACACACUGGAGACUAUCGACUACAGAUCAACAGAGUGAUCAAGAGAUUCAGUCUCACUGUCUAUGCUCAUCUGCCUGUUCCUGUCAUCAGCAGUAACUCUUCACACUGUUCAUCAUCAUCAUCUUCAUCAUCAUCUUCAUCACAGCAGAAUUGUUCAUUGUUGUGUUCAGUGGUGAAUGUGAGUCAUGUGACUCUCUCCUGGUACAAAGGAAACAGUUUAUUGUCCAGCAUCAGUGUGUCUGAUCUCAGCAUCAGUCUCUCUCUACCUCUGGAGGUGGAAUAUCAGGAGAAAAACAACUACAGCUGUGUGAUCAACAAUCCCAUCACAAACCAGACUCAACAUCUGAACAUCAGUCAACUCUGUCACACAUGUUCAGGCACAGCAGCGCUGACAUAUUCAGUGUCUCUGAUAGUGCUGGUUUCUGCUGUUGCUGGAUCUCUGUUGAUUGUAGCUGUAGUCGUGAUCUUCUUCAUCUGCAGGAAACACAGAAACACUGGUCAAGAAGGCAAGUGCAACAAACAUGUGUGA